AUGAGCGCCGUGAGGAAGUUUGAAGAGAAGGCAGUGCAGACCGGGUAUCACUCGAUCAUCAAAGAUGCUGAAAAGUGUGCCUCAGAGCUACACUUAACUCUGACGUUAAUUUUACAGCAUCCUAAUCCAAGGGCUACCACCGAGGAUGGUGACGAAAUAGAAGGAAAAAAGCUUAAAAGACCACUCUUGCCAAAGCACAAUAGAAAACUUUUUGUAACACACUGGGAGAAGAGAAAUGCAAGGCAAACUGACCUAAAAAUAGAUGAGAGGACUCGGCCCUUGAUAAUAGCAGCAGCCACGAAGGAAUUGUACCAACAGAUGUUUCCAACCAAAUUAUACCACCAAAGGCAAACUGGAAAAGGGAGUGGAACUUCACAUUCAUGUGCCGAAUGUGUGAUAUAAAUUUCACUAAAAUGUUCCGCACGUGUUGGCGGGGUGUGGGACACUCGUUCAGACUAAGUAUCUCGCGAGGCAUAACGCAGCUCUUAAAAUCCUCUUUGAGUUGCUGAAGAACCUUGAACUUAUUUCAGAAGUGCUUCCAUGGUAUUAAAAGACCCAACCCAAACCGUCGUAUGAGACGUGGGAGUGCGCGAGCAUUAUGGGAUGUACCGGUUUAUGCAGACAGCAUUGAG